AUGUCCCUGCAAGGUGCAAUGUCAAAGGAGCAAAGCAGUCUGUCUUGCAGAUCCAAGGAAUUCGGCACGAACAGCUCUUCAUCCACGUCUGCUGCUUCCAGCUCAAACAUAUCUUCUCGGCCUACUGAGGAUGUAGAAGCUCCUUUCCGGCCGCAAUACAUUAGCUACUUGUCAGCCGGAGCUUUUGGUCUAGGGAUGGGUGUCGCACUCGUCUUGACUCUGAGAAGGGGUCGUCGACUUGAGGCGCAAGAAGCUGCGACUGCUCUUGCUGCUGGCAUGACCUCUCCUCUCAACCACUCUGCCGGUCGCACCAUUCACAGCACAGCGUCUGCUUCUUUGCGCAACGAUGUCAAAGGCAAAGCUAAGCAAGUCGACGUGCUCGAUGCUCGAGAUUCGACCAACGCGCCAAACAGAUCAAGUUCCAACGAUUUACCUGAAGGCAAGGGCGCGCUGGCACUCUUUAGCGCUUUUAACAAGGCAGCCUUUAUCCCUUCGGCUCGCAAGACUCUGAUCGGCACAUCACCCGCCAAAGAUGCGAGCGUUCCGAGCUCAGUGUUCGAUGCGCCAGCAGGCGCUCCGCCGCCUAGCGCGUUGACACGUCGCAAAUCCCCAACGAACAGGUCACCGGCAGGGUCCGGGGUCGCAUCGAGAUCCGUCGUACUGGAUGCGCAGCCUAUCCCACCCAAGGCUCAGCAGCAGCAAGCCCGAGAUGAUGGCGCUUCCCCCGUACUCUUGGCGAUCAAGGCUUUCGCCUCUGCCACGGCUCUGGUCGGUGCGGCUGCUUGGUUGACCGUAGAGCUAGGCCGACGUGCACUGGGCGUCAAGAAUGUGAGUGUAGCCAACUCGCUCACAUGCUUCGGCAGCUCUAAUUCGCUCAAAUUUCACCUUUUGUUACCAUCUUGUGGCCCCUCUCCUCAAUUGACUAGAUGGACGACCUCGUUGUGGUGUUGUCUAGGAUAUUUCCAAAAGGCAACGCUGCCGUCUUGGCCGGCAUGGGCGAAACAGCGAGAGAGUCUCUUUCCGGCUCUGGUCCGGCCGAAAUUUACAAGGCCGGCGACAUUUUUGUCGAAGACCUUCCUCAGGAGAGCCUCGGCGAGCAUGCAGUGCUGGAGCCGUUACCUGUUUCAGAAGCUCUCAGGCGUUUAGACGCAGCCGCGAAGGAGGGCAAAGGCGAGGAGUUCUGGAGUCUGCUCUCGCAUCAACUCGGAGCUGAGAGAGUCCGCGAAGUGCAAGAACGCAGAGAAAGGCGAGCUCGGGCGGGAUAG